AUGUAUACAUUCUUGGUGGCCGGGGCUGUACUCCUGGUGGAGGCCGAGCUAAUGACACCGCAACAGAGGUUACGGUGCGAACAGUUUAUCAGUUUCUUUGAGAACGAAACCAUUGAUAUACAGUAUGACUACGUGGAGGAUAUGCACGACGGCCGGGGCUAUACGUGCGGUAAGUUUGGCUUCACUACCUGUACGGGCGAUGCGUUGGAUUUGAUUCAGAAAUAUACGGCCAAAAAGCCGGCAAACCCUUUGGCCCCAUUCCUGCCUGAGUUGGUACGACUCGCCCGUGAGUUCAGUAACGAUACGUCAGGUUUGGGCGGUUAUCCCGAGGCGUGGAAAACGGCCGCAAAGGACCAGUUGUUUAGAGACACUCAGGACGAGGUCAGCGCCGCAAUAAAAUACGCGGAAAGGGCGGGCAUUAAGACAGCGAUGGGCAAGUGUGCGAUAUAUGACUGCAUAAUUGAGCAUGGUAACAACGAUGACGGCGACUCAUUGGGCGCCAUAUUUAACCGCACGUGGGAUAAGGAGAAGGGAGGGGUGAAGAGUGCGGCCACAGAACAGUAUUGGAUCCGCUCUUUCCUGAACAUGCGUUUAGACGACUUCGACAAUCCCAGGGAACCCAUCAAUAUUGAACACCACACCUAUUGGCACGAUAUGUCUGUACAGCGUGUGUACGCUAUGAUCACAAUUCUUAAUGAGUAUAAUAUGAAUUUGGAUGGUCCAAUUUAUAUUAAAACUCAAGAUCAUCAUGUCAACUUCCUUUUACUUAAAAUUUAA